AUGGAUUCAACAAAUCACAAUAUCGGCUGCUCAUUGGAUUACUUACGAAACAUUCCUGGUAUCCUCAAAAUCAUCGAACUUCUCUGUGAUCUUCUUGGCACAAUUCUGGCUGGAGCUGCACCUGUCUACGAUAAUACAGCAGGAAAUAGAAGCUUCUAUCUAUUCGUUUCCAUUCUCGCAUUAAUCAUUACAUUUGUGCUUUUAAUCCUGGGCCUAUUAAACGUUCAUAACGUUGUUUUGCGUGGUCGUUGGCCAAUCAUCGAAUUAUGCUGGUGUUUAUUCAUUUGCUUGUUCUAUUUCAUCGCAGGUAUUGUCAUAGCAGUAGUUGGGAAAUAUCAUGGAGCCUAUGGAGCGGCAGCGUUUUUCGGCUUUGCAGCCAUGAUUGUGUAUGGAGCAGAUGCCUUCUUUCAAUUCCGAACAUACCGUACCGAUAGAAUCAACCAACCUGCACAACAAUAUGCGCCAGAUAUCUCAGCGCCUCAACGGCCAGCUCCUACUUAUUAG